AUGAAAAUUGAUCGAUCGAAACUCAAAAAGUAUCUGCUUGAACCACCUGCAGAUUGUAAACAUUUUAUUGAAAAACUAAAAAAUUGUGAUCGAAAACAACUACGUGAAUUAUUACAACCGAUAACAUUGUGGCAUAUUGGAAAGCAAGCUUUCUCACAGUACUUUACGAAAUGUGAAUUAUAUCAUUGGAUUGAUGCAUUAGAUUUAUUUGAUUCGGUAUUGGAAGAGGCAUGUUUGAAAACUGGCACAUGGAUGCUAAACUGUGAUAGAAAAGAAAAUGGAGAAUUAAAGUUUCUUGUUCUCGAUAUACUUCAUUUUACCGCUCUAUUAAUUGAACAUUCAUAUUCACGUCAUUUAUAUAAUUCAAUCGAAUAUCUAAUUUUAUUAUUACAAUCGUCAGAUGUACAUAUUGUACUGGGUGUUUUAUCUCUAUUGUAUGUGUUCAGUAAACGCUCAAAUUUUAUUACUCGUCUACAAUUAGAUAAAAAACAAGCACUUAUUACUCGUUUAAUUUAUCUAGCUGAGACAUGGGGUGGAAAAGAAAAUGGCUUUGAUUUAGCACGAUGUUGUAGUAUACGAGAUUCAUCAGAGUUUCCUGAACAUGCCACAAAUUUACAUUUCCUUUAUGUCACGCAAUCAGAACUAUCAUCUGGAGGAAUUCAACAGCAAAUAUCAAAACAAAUCGAUGUACCGAAUGUACAUUUAGCUGGAGAAAAUGCAGCAGCCGUCAUGGAAUUAGUUUUAGCUGAGCAUACCACGUUAGCAGAAGAUAAACAGAUUAAAUUAUUUACUCAUCUUCGUUUGGCUUAUGCUUUUCCAAAUUUUGAACAGCGUUUACUCUGUAUACAAGCACGUUUGCAAGCAUUAUCAAUAUUAGGUAUAAUUUAUUCAAUUGCCAUACAAGAUGUAAAUAAUGUUCUUUAUGAUGGAUUAAUUGAAGAACUUGUCGAAGUAUUAAAUGUCAGAGAUACAACAUUAAUUGAUAUCAAAGCUUCUGCACUGAAAACAUUGACAUCUAUAAUUCAUCUUGAACGAACUACGAAACAUCCACCUCGAUUGCAAGAGAUUAUUGAAGCAACACAAGCAAAUUCAUACCAUGGCUUUUUGCCAACGCUUGUUCGACAGUGUAUUGAUAAAUUAACAGAUCCAAAUGCCGAUCGUUUUCCUCAAACAUUAUCGACAUCUUUAUUUUCUUUUCUUUAUCAUAUGGCAAGUUAUGAAACUGUAAAUUGCGGUAUUAUGCAAGCAUUAAUCAAAGUUGUAAAUUAUUAUGACGAAUCUCAAGAAUUUAUAAUGUUUGUAACAAGAGCUGUACGAGUAAUUGAUUUGAUAACAACUCUCGAAAUCACAUCAUUUCAAGCCAAUAAUGGUUUACAAGCAUUUACUAAUCGCCUUGAAGUGAAACAACCAUUCAUUAUUCGAACACCAAAACGGGUUACUCAACAAACUCAAAUUUUCACAUCAGAUUCAUCUUAUUUUGUUAAUCCUAAUUCACCGACAACACCAGAAGACUUAAACUCAACAACUGAUCACCAAUCAUCAACUGAUAUGGAUACACAACAAAAUAUACCAACAUCAGCUACAACAACCAACGCAAAUUUAGAUCAAGACCAACAGACAAAUGAUGAUACAUUCGAGUUGACAACUACAGCACCUAAUUUAGGACUAUUAUGUUAUCAUCAACGUGCUGCUCUCUUAAAGUCCAUAUUGAAUUAUUUGAAAAAAGCAUUCUCUGAACCGACCAUGGUCGAAUCAACUCGUCAUAUUAUGGAUGGUUCAUUACCAAAUUCUUUGAAACAUAUCAUUAGUAAUGCUGAAUAUUAUGGUCCAUCGUUGUUUCAUUUAGCCACAGAUGUUGUUACAUCGUUUAUCUUUCAAGAACCAUCACAAUUAUCGUCAUUACAAGAUAAUGGAUUAACCGAUGUUUUAAUGUAUGCUCUAUUGAAAAAAGAUGUACCGGCAGCACGUGACGUUCUAGCGUCGUUACCAAAUGUAUUUAGUGCAUUGUGUUUAAAUACAAGAGGUUUAGAAAAUUUUAUGGAGUGUAAACCGUUUGAAAAAUUAUUUCGAGUACUAUUGUCUCCAGAAUAUUUACCAGCUAUGCGACGAAGGCGUGGAGCUGAUACGGUUUAUGGAACAGCUUCUAAUCUGGGCAACGCUGUCGAUGAACUCAUGCGACAUCAGGUUAGCUUACGUACAGAAGCAAUGAAAUCGAUUAUUCAACUUCUUGAACAACUUGUUGAAAUGGGAAAUAAUCCAAAAUAUUGUUGUCAAAAAUCUCAUUCCUCUUCUUCGUCGACAAAAACAAUCGAUACAAUACGAAUAACAACUCGAGCUACACGUACCGCAGCUGCAAAUAAUAACGAUCGUAAUGCUCAAUCGUCCGAUGAUGAAUAUGAUAUGGACGAUGAAGCAACAAAUGAUGAAUUACCGAUUAACCGUUUAGUCAAUCUACAUUCAACUACUAACCCAGAUCAACAGCAAACUACGGAAGAACAGCCGACAACGACUGUCACAACUCUCAAUGUUUCUCCUUCGAUCAUUUCGAAUCUAUCAGCACCGAUACCAAUGACAACAGCAGACAGUGAACAACAACAAACUACUCUACAACAGCCAAAAGAAGAACCAAUUUCUAUACCAUUGUUAGAUUAUAUAGCAAAUAUAAUGCGUUUUGUCGAAGGUGUCAUUAGCAAUAAUACAACAGAUGAUCAUGGAAAAGAAUUUGUUAAAUUAGGUGGAUUGAAACCAUUGUUAAAUAUAUUGCAUAUGAAAAAUUUGCCGAUUGAUUUUCCCAGUAGUCAGGCUUGCACGUGUGUUGCCGGUUUAUGUAAAUCAACUCUAACACUAGUCAAAGAUAAUAAAGUAAUCGAAUUCGCCAUAACGAAUCUUGAUGAAAUAUUACAAUCAUUAACAUCAUUUUAUCAAGGACGACAGUAUGAUGGAUCAUUAUUAAUAAAUGAAUUAGCUCAAGCCGUCUCUUCUUCGAUAGAUCCACUCGAUGCCAUAAAUCAAUCGUCUUUAACGCCACUAUUACAUCGUUUAUCAUUUGUUCAUUCUCAUGUCUCCUUAUUAGUGUCACUAUGUAAAAUAACUCAAAACGAAGUACGUAGUUUACUUAUUAGUCAUUGGGGCACUGAAAAAGGUCUACGUGUAUUACAAAAUUUAAAUAAAUUGUGUAUUACAUUAAUAUGGGAAAGUUCUGUUUUGUUAUCAUUGUGUUCGACAACAGCAACAGAAGAUACAACAAUAUUUAAUAAAGACGACCUUUUGAAAUUGUUUCCAAAUGAUGUACAACCAAAUAUUGAAAGUCUUGCUUCACCAUCUCAUUCGGUAUCAGCCCAAUUAGAAGAAUUAACAACAAGUGACGGUGGUCGUCCAUUUGAAAUUGAUGAAAUAAUGUCAAUGGAUACAACAGAUUUUACAAAAUGUAAAUCAAAAUUAUCACAAUAUAUCCAAACACGUAUUAAAACGAUAAAACCGUUGUUAUGUGUAUCAUCAAAAUUGGGCCGUGCUCUUGGUGAAUUAUAUAAUUUAUUAGUUCGACAAUGUUCAACACCCCAAAUGAGACAUGCAAGACGUUUUAAUCAACAACCAGCUGCUUAUACUCCGACGGCUGCCGCUAAACAAGUAGCAGCUACAAUUAGUGACGUAUUACGCGAAGGUUUUCAAUUUAAUUUACAAUCAUCGCCUGUACAAAAUCAAAAAUUUCGUUUAACAUUUUUUAUUUGUACAAUCGGUUUUGCUACACCAAUGUUAUUUGAUGAACGUCGUCGUCCAUAUAUGUUAAUGCUACAGCAAUUUGAAUCAUCGAAAGCACAAGAUGCACUAUUUAAUGCAUUGGAAUGGACAUUAGAAUUAAUAACAAAAACAAAUAGUGAAACGACAACAACACAAAUUGAUGCGAAUAAUAAUAGUUUUGACACACCACCAACAGAAUUUUUGAAUGCCGCUUUAAUGUUAAUUCAACGAUUAGUCAAUGUUAAAUCUAUUUUAGAAUCACCACAUUCAAUACCAAAAAAACGUUUACCCGAACGUUCAUAUUAUGUACCAUUUGAUCCAUUAAGAUAUUUAGCUGAAACACAUAAACGAGCAUUUCAUAUAUUAACAAACUGUUGUACAAUUUUAUGGGAUAAACCAUCGUUGUUAAAAGAAAAUGCAACGAAAAUUAUCGAUAGUAUAUUAUCGAUAUUUUGUCAUAUUUUAAGAGGUGAAUCAAUUAUACAAAACAAAUUAUCAGAAGAAGAAACAGUACAGGCUGCUAUUGCAGGAACAACAACAAACACGGCAACAGUACCACAAUCCACAGUCGCUAUGGAUCUCUCAGAUUUGCCAGGUAAUGCGGCUACUAUUACAACACCAACACCGGUUAUAAAUGAAGAACAUGUUACGGCCAUAAUGAGUAUGGGCUUUUCACGAGAACACUCUAUCGAAGGUUUAUUACAAACACAAGGAAAUCUUGAAUUGGCCGUUGAUUAUUGCGUCAAUCAUCCUCAAGCUGUUUUACCACAGAUGCAAGUUCUGGGAAUGGAUAUGGACGCUGACAUGGCGCGGGCACUUUUGCUUUCGUUAGGUCAAGAUGUUGAUGAGGCUGCUAAUUCUGCCGGUGCUCUUGCAGCUGUUGAACACUUUGCAUCUGCUUCAACAGCUACAACUACAGUUUCUUCUUCGACUACUACCAACACGUCCACGACAACGACAUCUUCUGGAACAACAAUCACAGUACCCUCCGUUAGUAUUCGUCUAUCAUCUGACGUCACACAACAAGAGAGAUUAAUUGAACCACUAUCAAAAGAAUCUGUUGAUCGUUUUACAAAUUCUAUAAUGUUAAAAAUUCUAGACAUAUUACCCGAUACUGUCUAUAAAAUGUGUGAAUUAGUUGUAACAACGAUGCAUCGUAAUGGAAGUGAAUGGCGUGACCAUUUUUUGGAAAUAAUUGCCAAUGAUAUAAAAUCAAGUUUUAAUCAAUUGAUGAAUUUAUUAACAGAAUAUGAAAAAACGGCCACAACAUCGCUAGCUAAUGAUACAAAUUUGAAUAAUUUUCUUCAACAUACACAAUCCUCAAUUUUAUUUAGUCGUACACUGUUAAUGUCACUUUUAUUUGAAGAAAUGCCAUUUCCUUGUGCACGUACAACACAAAAAUAUGAAUUAAUUAAUGAUUUUUGUUCGUUAAUUGAGCGUACAACACAGUUUUUAAUUAACUUUAAUCAGAAAAAAACACCAUCGUGGUUAGCACCCACAUUUAUCUUUAUCGAUUUAUAUGAAAAAGUAGCACUAGCAUCCACACGUCGAGCUGUUAUUUACAAUCGUUAUAAAGGGUGGACACGUGUUUGGCAAUGGUUUGAUGAACGAACGAUACGUUGGAAUAAUUAUCCUGCAUCUACUAAUAAAAUAAUUGAUGAUGCAUGGGCUAAUGCAGAAGUCACAGUUAAAGUUGUUGUUCAAAAACGAAAUUAUUUGAUACAACUCAACACAAUGCUACAAAUUAAUGAAGAAACAAAUAAUAAACGCCCAAUUAUGUUAACAUUUCAACCACAACCUGCACCAAAGCCACCAUCAACGAUGGCAGCAGUUCCUAAUGAUUCAACAAUGGCCAAUGCAAUUGACGAUACUAAUGCUGACACAAUUCACCCCCCUCCCGUUCCACCUCCACCAUCUUCUUGGGAUACAAUGGAAGCGGAUACAAGUGAUUCGUCGCCAAGUGAUAAUGAUGAUGAUCAGCAACAUCAAGAACGCCGACAACGACGGUUUAAACGUCGUGCAACAGCUAAUCUCAAUGAAAUUCCAGCUAAAAAGUCAGUUAUUGAAUCAAUGGAUACUGACCAGCAACAUCAACAGUCAUUUACAUCCGUUGAUUCUUUAAAUGAUGAAAAUGCUCUAUUACUAACAAACAAUUGUGUUCAUCUUAUACGUUUACCCGUCGAUCCAGAUUGUAUUCAUGCUCUCUUACGUUUGAUAUUACGAUUAACUCGUAAUUAUAAGUAUGCGAAACAGUUUGCACAAAUGGAUGGUAUACAAUCGAUACUCGGUUUAACUCAAACAUCUACAUUUCAAGGUUGUGCAUCGUUAAUAACACUAAUAUUUCGACAUAUCAUGGAGGAUGAUAGUAACUUACGGUUAGCAAUGGAAAAGAAUUUAUGGGCUUGGGUUCAUGGACUCGGGGCAAGAAAAAAAUUUCACGGGCCCGGGCUUACGGGGUCGGGACCCGUUGCAGAAAAAUGUUGUUUGGCUAUACGUCAAGCAUUAACUGGCAAUCAUGGAGGUUCAAUUGGUGUUCCUCCUGGAUGUCCGGGAUCUCAUGAGCCACACGUGUUAUUACGAAUAUUGGGUCCAGCUAUGAGUCGAUCUCCAGAUGUGUUUAUUGAUGUUGCUUCAAAUGUCAUGCAAUUAUUCUCUUCUCCUGGACGAAGUGGAGCAACAAAUCGUCUUACGAAUCAAUUAAUAACUAAUGAUGAUCAUGUGAAUAUCGUGCCAUCUGUUUCUUUAUCAAAUGGAGUAUAUGCGUUACAAGCUCGUCCGGCUACUAGUGCGCCAAAUAAACCACAAUCAACAAAUGCUGUCUCUGGAACCCCAUCCAACGCACAACUUUCAACCACUUCGAUGGUAGUACCACCGUCGACCACAACAAAUCAAACUGGAAGUGUUGGUGAACUUGCAGAACGCCUGCUUGUGGAUUUGCUUGAUUUUCUAUUGACCAAUGAUGAUGAUGGAACAACAACAUCGAUUGAAGCCGCCAGUAGUGCAGCAAUGUCUACUGGAGAUCCAUUACCGCAACUACCAACUUCUGAUACUAUUCAGGUUGAGCAUACUGAUAGCACUGUCUCCAAAUCUGAUGUACAUAUUCAGUACCCCAAACCUCGACGUUUGUUAUCAAAAUCAACCGUGUUACGUAUAUUAGCUGAAUUAAUUCGUUCUUACGCUAAUGUCGCUAAAUUGAUUUCUACAAAAACAUUUUCAUUAAAAAACACACCAGAUACAUCAUGUUCUGCUCUAUCAUAUAUUCUCGAUAAUUUAUUACCUGGAACAAAUCAAACAUUAAUCGAUCAAGAUAAAGAUACACCAGCUUUAUGUCGUCUAUUUCUUGUCGCUAUGGCCGCAUGUAAUCACUGUUUAGAAUCACAAAUGAAUUUAGUAAAUGAAGUAAAAUUAUCAUUAACAAAAGCAAUCAGUCUUCCAGAAUGUGAUGAAAAACAUGUACGUUUACAGUCACUAUCGAGUAUUAUAAAUACAAUGAUUGAAUCAUGUCCAGCACCUAAUACAUCGGCAAAUCAACCACCAAAUCAGGGAGGACAACAUCGUGUACCACAAUUAAUUAUUAAUAAUAUGAUUAAAAUUAUGUAUAAACGAGGUUUGAUUAAUGAUUUAGCAAAAAUGAUACACAGUAUUGAAUUAUCAAGUCCAAAAUUAGUUGAAACGGUGAAUGCUGUAUUGAAACCAAUGGAAACCUUAUCACGGACAAUAAAUUAUGCAUCAUCUUUACAUGUACCCGCCGCACGACCACAUAACAGACAUACAACAACAUCCACAAUGACGAGUUUACCAUCUACGCAACAAACAAAUACAGUGGACAUAACAACAACAGCGAACAGCAACCAAGCAGAACAAACAAUAACCACAAUAGCAAAUCAAAAUCAGCCCUCUCAAGCACAAUCAUCACAAAUCAAUAUUAUUCAACAACCCUCAGUUACGAAUGAUUUAUCAGUUCCGAGAGAAACCGUCGUUCAUGCUAAUACAGCAGUUUCACAACCAACAUCUACAAGUAUGCCUGUUGAUCAUUCAGAUAUUAACAAUGAACGAAACAAUACGGUGCCCAAUGAACAACUUGGCUCUGGACCGAAUGCAUUACUUAGUAUAAGUCAAGAAGAAUUAAUGAAUGCAACUGACAUGGAACCAGUAGCUAGUUUACCGCAGGAUGUUGACGAUUUCGAUAAUCCUAAUCGUGUUCGAAUGAAUGUUAUUUCGAAUGAAAGUGGUGAUCCGAGUGAUGAUGAUGAAGAAGAGAUCGACGACGGUGAAGUGGAGGAUGGUGGUACAAUCAAUAUUGAAUUUGAAGCACGAGAUUUAGGAGAUCAACAAGGUGGCCGUACACAUUUUGAGGUUUGGAAUAUGCCACAAACAACACCAUCAAGUUCAUCAGAUGCAACAAACGAGGACGAAAAUGAUGAGGAAGAUCUUGAAAGUCACAAUGAUGAAGACGAUAUCGAUAUGGAAAGUGAUAAUGAGCGAGAACCACAGCAUCGAUAUAGUGACGAUGAUGAAGAUUUAACUAGUGAAGAAGGAGACGAAAUGCGUGUUGAAGCUCCACCUACGACACAAACAAAUGACGAUGAACAGGAUACGGACAGUACAGAUGAUACAAAUACAGAUAUAGAAGAAACAGCGAUUGAUAUACACAUUGAAACAGGUAGACCACAAAAUACAAGUACAACUGGUGAACGUUCUGAAAUAGUACCAGCUGGUGGUGUUAAUAAUGGAGAUGAUGUGACAGUCAAUGUGACUGGUGGAGACGAAGUCGAUGACGAUGAAUCGUUUGGGGAUGAUGAAAUGCACGACAAUGAAGAUAUCGAGGAGAUGGUUGAACGUGAUCUUCAUUUCAAUGAAGACGAUGAAGAAGAAGAUGAGGACGAAGAUGAUGAAGAGGAAGAUGAAAGUACAGAGUUUGAAGACGAUGAGAAUGAUAUUGUCAACUAUGUAAAUGAUAUUGAUAUUGAUGAUGAUAUGCUAUCAGAAAUACGAAAUAAUUUAUUGUCUCCAGCUGAUAUUGAACCAAUAUUAAUACCAACAAAUUUACAAGGUGUCCGAAUACGCACAACAGCCUAUCCGUCUAUUCAUGGACUCACUGAUUCUUCUCCCGAUCCAGCAUUGCCACCACCGCCAAUGAGUGUCCCAGCAUUACAUCCUCUAUUAGUCCAUCAUAGUGAUAAUCAAUUGAGUUCGGGAGCAUUCGCACGUUUCCGCCAGUUAGGUACUUCAAAUGCAGCGGCAACAACACAUUUAACACAACAACAAGCAAAUCAAGCAUCAUUUGGCACCGGCGCAACGCAAGCGCCAACUAUUGCUGCAACAGCAGCUUCGAUACUUACUGGAGCUGCUGCGCUAGCUGCUCAACAACAACCUCCAAGAAAUCGAACAACACGUACAUUGUUUGUUCCCACUACUAGUGGUGCUGGUGUACUUGGUCGAGCAAGUGGUUUUGCUGAAUAUUUACAACAAGUUGGCCAAAUUGAUGUUGAUCCUUUUGCUCCUUCGGGUGCAACAACAACAAGGAUACUACUCGGAACGAAUGGACAUGAUCCAGAAACUUGGCGUUUUCUUCACGAUCAAAUAUUAAUGGAUAUGGCUCCACAAGCGAAUGAAGGAAAUGAAAAUAUUGAUGGAACAAAAAUUUAUAUGAUUCGAACGCCGUUAGCUCGAUGGAUGGAAGAAAGUCUCGUUUUAGAUGGACCAUAUGUGCACGACACUGUUUCAGCAUUAAAACCAAAAAUUCUCGAACCAUUAGAAAAAACGCAUGAAGCUGAAACACAGCAAGCCUUAGCAAAGAAACAAAAAGAAGAAGAAGAGAAAAAGAAGCGUGCUGAAGAAAAAGCGGCCAGCAUAGCGUCGGCGUUAGCUGCUGAAAUUCAGGCAUCAGCAAAUGAGAUAACAACUUCAUUAACUGAUACUACAACAGCACAAACGACGGAAGUAGAAACCGAAACUCGUCCAACAGCAACUGAUGAUAUGCAAAGUCCACCUGCUGUAACUGUUCAACCUGAAGUCCAACACACCGUUAUGUACGAUCCUCUAAUAGUAUUAACACCAAUACCUUUUUCACCAGAACCAGAGACCGUAAUAUCAAAUGAUAUUCUUGCUACAACAACAGCCUCUCCAGUUGAGUCUAUGGCCACAAACCAACCAUCACCCAGUGCACAAAAUCCGAUUAUUGUUUUGGAUGUUGUUCCUGACAGUGAUCCUGUAACUACCGAUAACACACCCUCUGUACCAACAACCACUGAACAAACAUCGCUAAUGGAAGUAAAUCCUGUUGUUCCAUCUGAAGAUUCAUCUAAAAUAACGUCGCAUUCACCAGUUGGAGUGUCAGACACUACAACAACAGCAGCAACUACGAUGUCAAUAGCACCAACAGUUGUACCCCAAGAAGAACCGGAAGUCGAAUGGCAAACAUUAGUGUUUGAUGGACGUGAAUUUCGUGUACCGCGAAUUUUAGAAAUUGAUCCAUCAUUUUUGGCUGCAUUGCCCGAAGGAAUGCGUGAAGAAAUCAUAACUGAUCAAAUCAGAAAUUUUGAACGACAAGAAAAUCAACGACGUGCAGCUAGAGUAGCAGCGAUUGCCGCUACUUCAGCAACAGCUGGUGCUACAUCAAGUGGAGAAAACGGAACAGCCUCAGCAGAAAAUGCCACUAUUCCCACCGAUGUAGCAGGUGAAAUGUUUGGAGAUAUUAAUCCAGAAUUUAUUCAAGCACUUCCAGCUGAAAUCCAAGAAGAAUUAUUACAAGAACGAAAUCGAACGCGUGCUGCGUUGCAAGCAGCAACUGGUACUUCAACUGAUGCUGGACCAGCAGAAUUUCUUCGUACAUUACCACCACAUUUACGACAACAAGUAUUAGCUGACAUGGAAGACAGUCAGAUAGCUGCAUUACCAGAUGAUAUGGCUGAUGAAGCACGAAGAUUAAGACAAGCAAUGGAAACACAACAUAGUCAGUAUUUACAAAGACAUAAUUUUCUUGCUAGAAGUCAACAUUUAAUGACUUCUAUGUUAACAAGUAAUGCACAUCAUGGUACACGUCCAAUUCGUAUGUAUAAUUUACGUGCCCUACAAGAAGCACGUAAUCGUGGAGAACGUGCUGGCACAAAUUGGUACUCAUUAUCACGUGGUGGUAAUGGGGCAGUAGGUGCAGCGACGAAUGAUACAGUUGGACUACGUGGAAGACAAUUGUUGGAUUAUGAAUCAAUUUGUUGCUUAUUAAUAUUAUUAUUUAUCGAUGAUCAACGUUUAAAUUUUACACGUUUACAAAAAGUACUAAAAAAUCUUUGUCAUCAUUCACCCACUCGAGCAUGGAUAAUCAAAGCUUUGCUAUCCAUCAUGAAUAAAAGUACAGGUAAACCAGAAUUUGAAAUAUCAUCUACACGUGCAACAACAUCAUCAACUUCGUCACCACCAACACCAAAUACUUCUGUUACAUCAACACCGGGAGCACCAACAUUAGUAUUGAGUACAACGCCGGAUCGAAACCGUUCAUCAGUAUUUAAUUCAUCUAUAAUAUAUCCGACAAAUAAUCAACAGCAACAAUUACAAGAUUCACAAUUAAAACUGAUUAAUCCAUCUUGGCUAACAAUUAGUUUUGAUAGUGCAUUUGGUGCUAAAACAAAUGUGUUUAAAAUACAACGUUUGGGAGGAAAACGAGGCGGACAUGUACAGGUUUCUGUCCAUGCGCAAGCGUGUCCAAUAGUUUGUCGACAAGUAAUUGAUGCCUUGAUUAUAUUAGCUAAAAUAUUUCCAGAAUAUUUUCUUCCACUAACAAAUUCUGAACAGCAACAACAACAUCAGCAAUUAGCUUUUUCGACACAUUCUCCAUCGACAAUUGUUAAUAAUGAUCAAACAAAAUCAUCAAUUUCACCUGAAAAACAAAUAUCAACUAUUCAACAAAUAUCGACAGUCAAAUCUUCCAGUCGUGAUAUUUCAUUUUGGGAAUUAUUAUUAAAAUUAGAUCAAACAUUUGGUAACAGACUAUCGUUAAAUCGCCAAUCGUCAAUACCUUCAUCAACAUUAUCUUCUCACACUUCGUCUACACCCACACAACGAACAUCUACAUCAAUUACACAACGUCCUCCUUUACCCACUUCAACAACAGCAGCCACAACCACAAAUGAAAGUGAUUUUGAAUCAUGUCCAUUAGCUGCACUCAUGUACAUGUUAGAUCAUCCAAUAUUAAAUAAAAAUAAUCAAUUAAUGGAUAAACUCUUUAAAUUAUUAUCAUUGAUUUCACAAAGUUUUCAUAUACAUAUAACAACGAAAAAAGAUAUACCAGUACAGUCACCUCCAACAACAUCCACACCACUUUUAUCAAAUGUUGAACAAAAUCCGUUAACACAAACUCAACCACGCACAGAAAUUGCAAAUGUCGCUCAAGCAUCUAUUAACAAUAUUCAAAAUCCAACCUUAUCACAAUCAUUACAAUCUGCACAAAUCAAUAAUAAAAUAAUUGUAUCCGAUGAUCAAGUCGUUUUAGGUAAACAACUUGAUCUUGUUAUCAAAGCAUUAAUAUCAAAAUCGUGUACAGAAGAUGGUUUGGAAUUUGCAACAAUAUUAUUAUUAAAUGUUUCUAAGAUAAAUUUACAAACAAGAGAAAAAGUUUUACGUUUGUUAUUAGAUGGUAUUCAAUUAUUGGGAAAAAAUGUUAGUCAAGAAAUAAGACAACUUCAUUGGGAAGUUCAAGAUUAUCUGUCCAAAAACAGAUCAACGGAGGAUGAAAAGACAGCUGAAAAACAACAACAACACCAUCAUCCGCUUGACGAUUCGUCGUCAAAUCUUUUUGAACGAUACAAUAGUAGUCGAAAUAUUACAAACAGUACAUCAGCAACAAUAACGAACAAGCAACAAGAUUUGCAAUUGCCUGCCAUGAUUAUGUUAACAUCAAAAACGGCUAAUCAACAAUUUUUAUUACGUAUAUUAAAAGUUAUAAUACAAUUGCGUGAAGCAAGAAAGAAAGAUCAGGUAGAUCAACAGCAUCAAUUUGAUCAAGAAAUGCAAGCAUUAACAAGACGUUUAGAUAAUUUAAGACAAUCUUUACGAACACUUUCAUCAGCUAAUACAGUAUCAGCAACUGCACCGUCAUCAGACAGUGGCAUGGAUGCACUUACACGUGAAAUUCAACCUAUUCAUGAAUUAAUACAACGUUUAGAGCAUAUGCGUACACGUUUAACAACAGUUAUGAAUACUUCAAAUCAACAACAGCAAUUCACCUUUCAAAAUACUGAUACAAUUCAUGAUGUACAAGAAAUGAGACGUUUAUUAAGACAAUUAGAAAAUGUUGUCGAUGAGUUUAAUGUACCAUUAUCACAGGCAAUGACAUCACGUCUAAAUGCUGUGCUAAAUGAUGUAACGGUCAACACCACUGCAUCAACGGAUCAAGCGAUCACUACAGCACCACUAGAAACACAACAGCCAAAUGCUACGAUUAUCACAACGGAUGCAAUGGAAAUUGGAGAUCAAACUGAGCCGAAUACAAUCAAGAAAACACAAUUUCAACAAACAAAACUCAGUGAAUUAUUAAAUAUAAAUGAAUUAUGGGAUUCUCUAAGUGAUUGUCUAGAAGCAUUAUCUCAAUUACCCGAUCCACAUGCUGUACUCGUAUUACAACCAGCUGUUGAAGCAUUUUUUAUUUUACAUGCAACAGAUGCCGAACGAGAAACAGAAAAAGAUGAUAAAAAGAAAAAGGAUCGUCAACAAAGUGAAGCAAUGGCACAUUUAGAAUGUUUUGGUCCGGCAGCAUCUUUAGUUCAACCAUUUGCCGAAUCACGAUUACCUACUGUGUCAGCAGUCGAAUCUCAAGUCACCGAUACUGUCCCAAAACCAUCGUCUACCGAAGAAACAACAAUGCCACCUACAUUAGUUUUAAAAACUCCAGCACAACCAGUUGAAUUAUCACCGGAUGCACAAAAAUUUUUGAAUUUUGCUCGUACACAUCGUACGGUAUUAAAUCAGAUAUUAAGACAAAGUACACAACAUUUGAGUGAAGGACCAUUUCAUAUUUUAACAGAUUAUACAAAUAUAUUAGAUUUUGAUGUUAAACGAAAAUAUUUUCGUCAUGAAUUAGAUCGUUUUAAAGAUAAUAUGCGUGGUGAAGAUUUAGCUGUACAUGUACGACGACAACAUGUUUUUGAAGAUUCAUUUCGUGAACUGAAUCGUCGUGCACAAGAAGAUUGGAAACAUCGGUUAUAUAUUGUAUUUGAUAGUGAAGAAGGUCAAGAUGCUGGUGGUCUACUACGUGAAUGGUAUUCAAUAAUCGCUAAAGAAAUGUUUAAUCCCAAUUAUGCCUUAUUUAUGAUAAAUCCAGGUGAUCGUGUAACAUAUAUGCCAAAUCCAUUAUCACAUUGUAAUGCAAAUCAUAUUAGUUAUUUUAAAUUUAUUGGACGUAUCAUUGCUAAAGCUAUUUUCGAUAAUAAAUAUAUGGAUUGUUAUUUUACACGAGCAUUUUAUAAACAUAUUCUCGGUGUACCCGUUCGUUAUACUGAUAUGGAAAGUGUUGAUUUAGAAUUUUAUAAAAAUUUAGUUGGUCUAUUAGAAAGUGACAUUCAUACACUUAAUCUAGACUUAACAUUUAGUUUGGAUGUUAGUGAAUUUGGUGUAAAUAGAACAAAUGAUCUAAUACCAAAUGGUUCAAAUAUACCCGUAACAAAUGAAAAUAAACAUGAAUAUGUUCGAUUAGUGUGUCAAGAAAAAAUGAUUGGAUCCAUACGACAACAGAUCAAUGCAUUUUUAGAUGGAUUCUAUUCAAUUAUACCAAAAAAUUUAAUAUCUAUAUUCAAUGAACAAGAGUUAGAAUUAUUGAUAUCAGGCUUGCCAGACAUUGAUACUGAGGAUUUGAAAGCAAAUACAGAAUAUCACAAAUAUCGUCCAAAUUCACUGCAGAUACAAUGGUUUUGGCGUGCAUUACGUUCGUUCGAUAAAGAAGAUUUAGCUAAAUUUUUACAAUUUGUCACUGGUACUUCAAAAGUUCCAUUACAAGGUUUUGCACAUUUAGAAGGUAUGAAUGGUCCACAAAAAUUUCAAAUUCAUCGUGAUGAUCGUUCAACCGAUCGUCUUCCAUCAGCACAUACAUGUUUUAAUCAACUUGAUCUUCCUGCCUAUGAAAGUUAUGAUAAACUUCGUGACAUGUUAUUAAUGGCAAUACGUGAAUGUGCCGGAUUUGGUUUUGCUUAA